CUAUAUAUAUAAUAACACACACCGACGAACAAAUGUCUUCAUGCUUGGAAGAUGUCUAUAUCAAGUUUUGCCAGUGGAUUUUAAGGAAUGAAUGAUCUACUGAUUUAUCAAGUAUCAAAGUCGAUUAAAAUAUUGAAGUGAUUCCUUUAUCUUUGUAUAAUGAAAUCAGCAGUACUAAUUUGGUUUCUUCAAGUUAUUGCUGUUACGUUUGUAUAUGAGUUAAAAUGUCCAGCGCCAGGUCAUUGGCGUCUCAGAGCAAGAAAGUUUUAUUGCGGUCAAAGCUAUGUGUGUUUGUUGCGUUCUCCAGAGAAAUCGUAUCGAGAGACCUGUGAUGGACUGGAUUAUAGUAGCACAGGCAGCAAACUUGUAUUCGAACCAUAUUUCAACAAAGCAGGAUGCAGCUAUAAACGGUAUCAGCCUUUCCCAUUUUCAACAGAUGGUAACAAUAAGUGUGUGUAUCAAAAGUCAUUUUGUAAUGGAGAGGGUCAAAUCGUCCACCGUGAAGGAAGUAUGAUAAAUGAUACAACUUGUGGAUGCGACCCUUCACAAGGGUACAUAUUUGUUACUACGCCAAAACACAACUGCUAUUGUACACCCUCAGAGGAAGACUGUUCAUGUCACAAACUCAUUUGUGGUAAUGAAGCUAACCCGUGUCCCUAUAUUGGUACUGCUAUUCGGAAUAAGUCAUGUCCAGAAAUUAUCGUCAGACCGUCACCAACAAAAAACUUGUCCUCUCCAUUAGAAAACAGAUUUAAAGACGUAAGAACUGAUUAUAACGAAGGUAGAAAUCAUAAAUUAAACUGUAUUUACUUUACCGUAGCAUUGCUGAUUGUCUUUACCAUUGUUUUACCAUUAUACGGUUUAUCAGAGUGGCCUGAUGCAUUUUAUUGUUCGUUUGAAUGGAUAGUAGAUCGCCUGCAUAUUAUUAAAAAGUUAAACAUGUUAAAAGGAGAGGAAAAAGCUAAAAUUGAAAUUAGGAAUCUAAUGGAAACACUUUUGGAUGGAGGAGAAGACAAGUAUGAUCAAUUCCUCAAAGCUUUAAACGCAUUCAAUGAAUAUAAAAUUCUCGCAAAACUAAUACAAGAUACAGAAAUUACAUCUGACGAUAGACAAAAACUUUCUAAAUUGCACUGA